UCUUCUGUGUCUCCUGUGACUCCCUGGGGGUCGCAUCGGUUCCUCCUCCCCUCCUGCUGCACUAGCCUGAGGAGAGCCGGAGCUGCCCUGGCCAUGGCCUUGAGACAGGAAAGGAUGCUGUCUGCACUGGGACAGGUGGGACAGGUGCUCCGCCUCCGCCUGGGGUGAGGGCCUGGCGGUUUCCAAGCCGGCAUAAUUAAUAGAGCUGGUGACAGUUCUGAUAACUGACUGCUUAGAUUAGCCACGGGAUCACGUUCUGGGCCUGUGAUUUAUUCCCCUUUGGUGGCCUUUGGCAGCAAGAUCAAGCUUGUUGCCGAGAGUCAAAGAUCAACCCAACAAGGGGGGAAAUUCAAGUUCAAGAAGUUGGAAGUCUGGAGAGCAGUGACACACUGGUGGCCUCACCCCAGGCCCUGGCACCCAGAGCCAGGGUGGUCGCCAAGCAUGGAGCAGUUCACACUCACAGGGAGCUUUUGAUCUGGGGUCACAGCGGUAAGGAAGCUAGUUCUCGUUCACAGGGACAGGAACAGGCCCAGGGGGCUCAGAUCCCUGCCCGUGUGGCUCUGGCAAAUGGUGGGUCUGGUUUGAAUCCAGGCUGGGUGGACUCCAGAGCCAUGGGCUCCACCCAGACACCCCGCUCCCUUACUCAGCCUUCAUCUUGGCGACUCGAUGGCCCAAACCCUCUAGGUCUUUGGAGUUUCUUAUAUUGUUCUCACCAACAUCCAGGAGGGUGGCUCCACUCCCCGGAUCCUGCCCCAUGGAAGGGCUGUCUGUGGCCACUCUCUGCCUCUCAGUCACCUUCUCUUUCCUUGUCCUUCUCCAUUGUCUGGCCCUGGGAUGAGAGCUGAGUCAGAGCUGCUUCCCUGCUUCCCCUCGGCUCCCACUGCCUCCCAUGGAGGCCCCCCUCAGCCGCAUCUGUACAUCCGUUGUUGGUCACUCCCAUUAGUCCUCUCCGCCCCCCUUAUGGGGCGGGGAGCCCAGAGCAGCCCAGAGGCUGGGGGGAGGGGGUGGACUUUUGGCCUGUUCCGUUGAUUCCCUCCAUCUCCUCGUCAACAGCUGCCCAGCGCUCUGGGCUCACUCCUCUACCCAGACCUUCGGGGAAGCAGGAACCUAGAGAGAGGGCAGGGGACAGAAACCAGGGGGCAGACCUGAGCCCCAGGUUACUGCUGCCCACCACCCCCCCACGCUUUCCCUGUUUCUCCCCAGCCUGCGUUAAUACCCCUCCUUAGCCAAAGCCCCUCAAGUUCCUCUGGGGCUCAGCCCCUCCCCUUCUCUGGGGCCCCAGGUGCCCCUCGGGGCCCUGCAUCGCACCAUGUCGGUGGCCGUGGAGAUCUUCGGCUUCUUCAUGGCGGCCCUGGGGCUGCUGAUGCUGGGGGUGACCCUGCCACACAGCUACUGGCGAGUGUCCACCGUGCAUGGGAGCGUCAUCACCACCAACACCAUCUUCGAGAACCUCUGGUUUAGCUGUGCCACCGACUCCCUGGGAGUCUACAGCUGCCGGGAGUUCCCGUCCUUGCUGGCCCUCUCCGGGUACCUCCAGGCCUGCCGGGCGCUCAUGAUCACCGCCAUCUUCCUGGGCUUCCUGGGCCUCUUCCUAGGCAUGGUGGGGCUGCGCUGCAUCAACAUCGGGAGCCUGGAGCUCUCCAGGAAGGCCAAGCUGGCAGCCACCGCAGGGGCCCUACACAUACUGGCUGGUAAUCGGGGGAAGGAGAGCCCUGCGUUGUCGUGGGGGGUUGAGAGUGGCGCCAAUGGAGCUGGGUUCCCUGUCACCUCCAGCUCCCACUCCUACCCCAUUGCCCUUCCUGCUCACCCCAGCUUCACUCCCCACAUCAAUCAUCAGCAAUGUUUCUUGAGCCCUCACUGGGAAGCAGGCAUGAGCGAGGUGUGAGAGGGACCCCAAAGGGACCAAGUAAGUGUGGGAGCCCCGCCCUGGGGGUCAGUGAGUGGGACUCGGCCCUCACUUUCCCGGUCCGCAGGUACGAGCUGGGCCCCGCUCUCUACCUGGGCUGGAGCGCCUCCCUGCUCGCCAUCCUGGGCGGUGUCUGCCUGGCCUCCACCUGCUGCCGCACU